CAAUCCACGGAAGACGCGACAUUAAAUACCAGUCAAAUAUGAACCAAGAAAAUGAUACGGAACGUUUUUGUGCAGUUGUUAUAACGAGGUAGCUAGCUAGCAAGCCAGGACAUUGGAUAAAUACAACAGCGUUGCAAGUGAAACACCUACAUAGCAGCUUGACAGCUAAGCUUGGUCUGUCUGUGUGCGUGGAGUGCCUAUGGCGGAGUUUGGAGAGAACGACGGCUCAUCUCCAUCGAAUACUGGGGAUUCGGUGGCUUUGCCCAGUGAUAAAACAGACUGGAGGACGCAGUGCGAAGUAUCGGUCUUCAAUGGGGACUGUGGGAUACCGGCAGACAUGGUUGGAUCAGAAACGUUACAUGACAGCCCAGGGCUUGAAACUGUCAACAACUCCUCUGUCAGAUUGGAUUCCAAAUCCGGAAUACCACGCAGGAGCAGCAUUAUAAAGGAUGGCUCGAGGCAGCGUAGAGAGAGGAAGAAGACUGUUUCGUUCAGCAGCAUGCCCACUGAGAAGAAGAUCAGCAGUGCGAGCGACUGCAUCAACGCCAUGGUGGACGGCUCUGAACUGAAGAAGGUCCGCUCCAACUCCCGCGUUUACCACCGCUACUUCCUCCUGGACGCCGACAUGCAGUCUCUAAGGUGGGAACCCUCCAAAAAAGAGUCAGAGAAAGCCAAAAUUGAUGUCAAGUCCAUCAAAGAGGUGCGGACAGGGAAAAACACAGAAACGUUUAGGACCAACGGAAUAUAUGAUCAGAUAUCAGAGGAUUGUGCCUUCUCAAUCAUCUAUGGGGAAAACUAUGAGUCUUUGGACUUGGUUGCAAACUCUGCCGAUAUGGCCAACAUAUGGGUGACCGGGCUUAGAUACCUGAUAUCCUAUGGGAAACACACCUUGAAUAUGAUUGAAAGCAACCAGAACAACAUGCGCUCCUCCUGGCUCGGUGACCUCUUUGAGGAGGCUGAUGCCAACAACAGCAAGCACAUCAGUCUAUGUGCUGCUGUGCAGCUAAUUAAAAACCUAAACCCUGGUCUCAAAAACAUUAAGAUUGAACUCAAGUUCAAGGAGUUUCACAAAUCUAAAGAUAAGGUGGGAUGUGGUGUGACUAAGGAGGAGUUCAUUGAAGUCUUUCAUGACCUUUGCACAAGACCAGAAAUGUAUUUCCUUCUUGUCCAGUUCUCUAGCAACAAGGAAUUUCUAGAUACCAAGGACUUAACUAUGUUUCUGGAGGCUGAGCAGGGUAUGGCACAAAUAAGUGAAGACACCAGUCUGGAGGUCAUUCAGAACUAUGAACCUUCCAAAGAGGGGCAGCUCAAGGGCUGGCUCUCCCUUGAUGGGUUUACCAAUUAUCUCAUGUCACCAGAGUGCCACAUCUUUGACCCUGAACAAAAAACAGUGUGUCAGGACAUGAACCAGCCCCUGUCCCACUAUUACAUCAACGCUUCCCAUAACACAUACCUGAUCGAGGAUCAGUUUAGAGGCCCCUCUGACGUUACAGGGUACAUCCGUGCCCUCAAGAUGGGCUGUCGUAGUGUAGAACUAGAUGUCUGGGAUGGACCAGAUAAUGAGCCUGUCAUUUACACUGGCCACACAAUGACCUCGCAGAUAGUCUUCCGCAGUGUCUGUGACGUCAUCAACAAAUAUGCCUUUGUUGCAUCUGACUUUCCCCUGAUAUUGUGUCUGGAGAACCACUGCUCUUUAAAGCAGCAGAGGGUCAUGUUUCAGCACUUGAAAAAGAUUCUUGGUGAUAAGAUUCACAUGAAUCCACCCUCACCUGAGGACAGCUACCUGCCCUCACCCUUUGACCUCAAGUGUAAAAUCCUGCUGAAGGGGAAGAAGCUGGGCACGAUCUGCAUCGGCUCGGAGGGCGAAGUGACUGAUGAGGAUGAGGGGGCUGAGAUGUCCCAAAGAAUGAACAUUGAAGCCGACGAACAACAGAGCAUGCCACUGAAAAAGUUCCAGCUGUCCAAGGACCUCUCUGAUCUGGUAACGUUGUGUAAAUCGAUUGCGUUCAAAGACUUCCCAACAGCUUUCCAAAGCCAGAGGCACUGGGAACUUUGCUCGUUCAAUGAAGUCUUUGCCAGUCGCUGUGCCAGUGAAUUCCCAGGCGACUUUGUUAACUACAACAAGAAAUUAUUGUCGAGAGUCUACCCCAGCCCAAUGCGGAUUGACUCCAGUAACAUGAACCCUCAGGACUUCUGGAAGUGUGGUUGCCAGAUCGUGGCAAUGAACUACCAGACCCCCGGCCUGAUGAUGGACCUAAACAUUGGCUGGUUCCGUCAGAAUGGGAACUGUGGUUAUGUGCUGCGACCAGCCAUAAUGAGGGAGCAGGUGUCAUAUUUCAGUGCCAACACUAAAGACUCAGUGCCUGGUGUGUCUCCUCAGCUCUUGCACAUAAAGAUCAUAAGUGGACAAAACUUCCCCAAACCAAAAGGCUCAGGUGCCAAAGGAGAUGUGGUUGACCCUUACGUCUAUGUGGAGAUCCAUGGCAUCCCUGCUGAUUGUGCAGAGCAAAGGACUAAAACUGUCAAUCAGAAUGGGGAGAACCCACUGUUUGACGAAAGCUUUGAGUUUCAGAUAAAUCUACCUGAGCUGGCCAUGGUGCGCUUUGUGGUGCUUGAUGAUGACUACAUUGGCGACGAGUUCAUCGGCCAGUACACAAUCCCCUUCGAGUGUCUCCAGCCGGGAUUCCGGCACACACCGUUACAAUCGCUAACAGGAGAAGUCCUUCCCCACGCCUGGCUGUUUGUCCAUGUGGCCAUCACCAACCGAAGGGGCGGGGGCAAGCCUCACAAGAGGGGACUGUCAGUGCGUAAGGGCAAGAGAAGUCGGGAGUAUGCCACCAUGAGGGUGCUGGUCAUCAAGGCUGUGGACGACAUCUUCAAGACAGCCAUACUGCCACUGAGGGAAGCCACCGACCUCAGAGAAAACAUGCAGAAUGCCAUAGUGCCCUUCAAGGAAUUAUGUGGCCUCUCGGCGGUGGCCAACCUGAAGCAGUGCAUCCUGGCCCUGUCCUCCCGGCUGACAGGGGCUGACAACAACCCCCUCCUGGUGUUCAACCUCAAGGACCAGUACCCCACCAUGGAGCCCCAGGGCCAGCUACCAGAUGUCCUGAAGAAGGUGGUCACCACCUAUGACAUGAUGAUCCAGACCAGCAAGACUCUGCUGGAGAACUCUGAGGGAGUCUAUGACCGAAUACUGCUAACCCAGAAAGCAGCGAUGGCGUUCCAUGAGAACCUCCAUGACAUGGCGGUAAAGGAGGGCCUGAAGGGCAGGAAGCUGGCCAAGGCUGUGGAGAGCUUCACCUGGAACAUAACCAUCCUCAAGGGCCAGGCGGACCUGCUGAAGCACGCAAAGAGUGAGGUCCAGGAGAGCCUGAAGCAGAUCCACUAUGCCGCCCUCACCUGUAACCUCAGUAAGGACGGGCCUUCAGGGAGCACGGCAGGCUCCGAGUCCAGGGCCCGACCACGCAGCCUGGACGCCAUCCCUGAGAAAGCCACGGGGGAGGACGAGCUCUCUGAGGAGGACAACUGAAGGUUUACGCCCUAAACCCUUCAUACCUCCAAGCCCCUUGCCCUACCCUAGUGGCAUACAUAAACCUCCUUACCGCAGUCCCACACAAACCUGACUACAGUAUACCUGUUCUAGUGCCGUUGCCACACACAACUAUUCUUAUUCCAGUGCCGUAUACAACCAUUCUAUUCCCACCCCAGUCCCACACAAACCUGACUACAGUAUACCUGUUCUAGUGCCGAACCAUUCCAUUCCCACCCCAGUCCCACUCAAACCUGACUACAGUAUACCUGUUCUAGUGCCGAACCAUUCCAUUCCCACCCCAGUCCCACUCAAACCUGACUACAGUAUACCUGUUCUAGUGCCGAACCAUUCCAUUCCCACCCCAGUCCCACUCAAACCUGACUACAGUAUGUAUACCUGUUCUAGUGCCGUUGCCACACACAACUAUUCUUAUUCCAGUGCCGUAUACAACCAUUCUAUUCCCACCCCAGUCCCACACAAACCUGACUACAGUAUACCUGUUCUAGUGCCGAACCAUUCCAUUCCCACCCCAGUCCCACUCAAACCUGACUACAGUAUACCUGUUCUAGUGCCGAACCAUUCCAUUCCCACCCCAGUCCCACUCAAACCUGACUACAGUAUACCUGUUCUAGUGCCGAACCAUUCCAUUCCCACCCCAGUCCCACUCAAACCUGACUACAGUAUGUAUACCUGUUCUAGUGCCGUUGCCACACACAACUAUUCUUAUUCCAGUGCCGUAUACAACCAUUCUAUUCCCACCCCAGUCCCACUCAAACCUCCCUUUGCUUAACCAGGUACCACACAAAAAGCCCUUAACCCCUCCUGCCCACCUCAACGUCCAACAGCAAGAUGUUGCAGGUCAACUAGGAGGGUCAAGUGAACUUGCAGCCACGGUCUUAAAGCCGUGACCUACUGUAGAGAGAGUGCACUUAUUUACAGGCAGACCCCAGGGUCUGACCCUAGGAGAGCCGCUCUAAAGGGUCCAAGGAUUUCUUAAGCACAAUUUACGGGUUUCUGACCAACCAGAAAUUAGAGCUGUGAAUGUAAUAGGAAACAGGAACAAUGGAGAGAAGGAAAGAAGAAAAGGGAGGCGAGAGCUGUUUACAAGAAUGAACUUGUUCUUGUCUGCCAAAAUAGUAUGUUUAUAUAUGGAGUUCUGUUACUUUUUUUGCAGCGUGCUUCAUUUUAUUAUUGUAUUCUUGAGAAAUAAGAUUUAUUUUGUAAAGGAAAUGGCUCGUCCAUGAAAAAUAACUAUUUUAUUUGUCUGUACAGAUGUGAAAUUGUCCUUUACACUUUCCCACUGGAGAGUUCCUUUGUCGAGACGAGGGACGGAUAGAGACUUUCAACCUCAGUGUGUGGUCCAAAGGGUGACAGUCGGAGUCUUAAACACAACCAGCAACUGCUUGGUGAAGGAACCAUGGAGAGAAUAACUCGUUAGGUCUACGUUUUGGUAUCAUUUCACCAUUCCACGUGAGAGGCUUGAGUAAGGUGUACAAAGUAAUAAUAGCUUAUCAAGCAGUCCUGGUAACAAACUAGCACCCUAUUCAUGAAUACGGUUUCAUAUAUGACUGUGCCUCAUUGCUACAAAUCAGUCAACAAAAGGGAUGGAUGGUGAGGAAAGAGCUGCUCUUCCUCGCAUCCAUCCAUCUUAACCUGCUUUUGUCCACCAGUUGCUUCUAGUUUGUAUUUUGUUCAUUCUCUCCACAGUGCUGAAACAGCGUUGCUCCUGGUCAACUUUAGCCACCCACCACCACCUCUGGAUCUGACCCACCAGUGUUUUAACUGGGCCCACACUGGGACAAAAAGUAAUUCACAAACUUCAGUGCUGUGACUGUUGUAUUUAUAACUGUUAACCAUUUUUACCGAUGGAGAGAAAAAGAAGAAAAAAAUACCGGUUUUGCUUUUCUGUUAAUUCCUGAAACCUUCAGAAUAAACCACGUUAAAUCAUU